AUGCUUUGCUCUGGACAUCAUGCAAUUCCAUAUAUUCCAUCUCCAUGGCCAGGACAAGAGAAAUUUAAAGGAAAGAUAACUCAUUCUCAUGAAUACAAAGAUCAAAGAGGAUAUGAAGAUAAAGUUGUAGUCGUUGUUGGACUCGGGAAUUCUGGAGGCGAUUGUGCAGUUGAAUUGAGUCGAGUCUCGAAACAAGUCUAUCUGGUUACUCGGCGAGGAAGCUGGGUUUUUAAUAGAUUAUUCGAUAGAGGAGAGCCAGUUGAUAUGGUUUUUAAUUCAAAGUUUCAAAUGUUUCUUUCUCAAACAAUUCCUGCUCCACUGGUCAAUUGGAACUUCGAAAGACUACUAAAUUUGAGAUUUGACCACGAGAAAUAUGGACUGAAACCGAAACAUCCAGCUCUUGGAGCUCACAUCACGAUAAAUGAUGAAUUGCCAAAUAGAAUUGCAUGUGGAACAGUUCGAGUAAAGCCAGCAAUCAAAUCAUUCACUGAAAAUUCAAUUGAAUUCGAAGAUGGAUCAGUCGUUGAAAAUGUUGAUGAAGUACUUCUGGCAACUGGAUUCUCAUUUCAUUUCAAUCUUGUCGAGGGAGGAAAUUUGAUAAAAGUGAAUGAGAAUAAGACGGAUGCAUAUAAAUACAUGUUCCCAUUGGCUACUUCUGAUCAUAACACUUUGGUAGUAAUUGGUUUGAUUCAACCAAUUGGAUCAAUUAUGCCAAUUAGUGAAAUGCAAGCAAGAGUUUACCUGGAAACAUUUGCUGCUGGAAGGAAAUUACCAGAUAGAGAUCAGAUGAAAGCAGAUGUGAAUGCCAAAAGAGAAGAAAUGAGUAGACGAUACGUGGAAAGUAGACGACACACAAUUCAAGUGGAUUAUGCAAACUAUAUGCAUGAACUCGGAGACUUGAUUGGAUGCAAUCCUGAUAUGGGAACUCUUUGGAGACAGAAGCCUUUCCUCGCUUGGAAAGUAUACUUCGGGCCAUGUGUUCCCUAUAUUUUCAGAUUGAAUGGUCCGAAUAGUUGGGAAGGAGCAGAGAAUGCAAUCUGGGAUGUGAGCUAUCGAGCUGAAAGACCAACUAAUAAUAAGCUGGAAAGAAGAAACGGAGGAGAAUCAAAGAAGCAGAAUUGA